AUGCAAUCCUUUCAUUCUGGUUCGGAUGUGGAAGCAAGCAAUGCCAAUGCAUCGUUUGCUGAUAAGAAUCUUACUUGGCUUCAUUUGGUCGUAUCGAUACAUGCUGUUCUGACUCUUAGCUUAUGUGUUUUCACCGUACUAGGUUAUGUUGCCAGUACCGUCCCAAUGGCUCUUGUUGUCCUGUUCAUCUUUCAAACAUUCAUUGCUAUUGUUGGCCUUGCAGCAAUUGAACAAAACCGUCAAGAUUAUCGUUCACUAUACAUAACUGUAAAUGCUGUAACUACCGGAUCAGCUAUUAUUUGGUCAAUUUAUCUCUUCACAAAAAAGAAAGAAUAUCCAAUAUAUGUGCCUAUUGUAUUUCUUAUCAUUGCACUUUUCUCGUCAAGACAGGACAGUUCGGAAUUGAAAACUGGUACUACUGUAACUGAAAGAGUGCAGCAACAGCAACGGCAGAAUAUAUCAGAGACGAGAAGUGACAAAUACGGUAAAGAAUCAAGAACAGCAGCCGGAGCGGAAGAAAAUGCUGUGAAAGUCACAAUGGAAAUUGAUCAACUGGAAAAAACAUGUGCUGAAAGAAAAAGUGGCGCUACAUUAUCAUAUGUAAGACAUUCAUCAGAGGGACGUUGUCUUGUGAUUGGUAGUAAUUGGCGUGAAUUUUAUUCAGUACCAAUCUUGAAUGCAUGCAAUGUUGCUCUAUGCUCAACCGGUCGAAUUGGUCGUAAUCGUUUGCGCAGAAGACUGCUGAUCAAAAAGUGUCGUUACAACGAUAGUUUCAUCGUAAAACGGGGCAAAAAGCCGCUUCGUUCAUUGGAAUUUAUUUUGGAUUUGGAAGAUGAAAACAGCCGUUCACGACUAGAGAGAGACAUCAAGUUUCUUGGUGGGAAAGUUUUGGAAUCGCUUGAUGAUGAUGGUGAAAAACCUUUCUGUAUUGUUACCGAUCAUCCACAUGCACAGUACUUGGAGAGAGUAACGAAAACGAAAAGAAUUACACCUGAGUGCUGCAGCGCCCUUCCAGUAUUGCUUCGAGUUGCUGUACAGAAUGGUGUCCGUGUUCGAACAUACACGUCUUUUCUGCAAAUCUUAUCAAAUGUGAAAAACCGCAUUAAACUAAACCAGAAAGCUAAAUUGGCGCCCGUAAAACCGAAACUUGAAAAACAGAAAAGUAUACGCAGAUUAACACCACCAUUCAUUAAACUUGAAGAUAACAGCCUCCAAUAUGCACCUUCCUGGAAGGAGUAUGGAAUACCGUCUAAUUUUCGACCGAUUUAUAUUGGUGAAGCAGCUGGAAGGUCGAUAUUUCAUAAAGCUUCUCCGGAAUACCUAGAGCGAAAGAAGGAAACAAAGAUUUCGAAACCUCGAGCAAAAAGUCGAGUUGGACCUGGAUUUUGUGAUAUUUGCACACGUGACUGCCAAGAUUUGCAGUUGCAUUUUUUAUGCAAAGAACAUCAGACACGUAUCAGUACUCCGGGUUUUUACGAUGAGGUCGACGCAUUGUGCGGUUCGUUUGUGAAAGAAAUCAUUGUGCCGAAUAAAAGACUUCGAAAACGGUUAACACCGGAACCGCUUUCAGUUCCGUCCAAUUAUUUUCCUGACUCGACAUUUUCGUUUGUUCGAGCAUCUGAUAAUAAUGUUGAGAUCUAA